CCACCCUAUAAAUAUCGUGGCUAUUUGAAAAUCACUCUCGUGUUUGCAAGUCAACGAAGUUGCAGAAUGGACCUUCUCAAGAUUUCACUUCUUUUUAGCGGUUAUUUGUUCACGAAUGCGCAGAAUUUUGAUGAAUACCUACGUGACUACUCUCCAAACUGCCAGAGUAUGAUGAAAAGUUACCCAAUAUGCAACGAUGUCCUUAUGCAGUACGUGUGCUUGAAGUCUUGUGCAUACGAAAAGGAAUUCCCACUUACAUGCGGAAAAAGGCAUGUUGUAUCAUCGCAAUUUCAAGAAAACAACACAGCAAAGAGAGCAAGAGGAAAAUAUGCUGGUUCAAGAAAAUUUAAGCUCGCGGUUCCUAAAUUUGCUAAGGAAAAAAGAAUCGUUGGAGGGACGGAGAGCGAAGAAGGGUCUUGGCCAUGGCAAGUUGCUUUAAUGUUUAAGGGGAAACAGCACUGUGGAGGAGCUCUGAUUUCACCCGGUUGGGUUGCAACAGCCGCACAUUGUUUUGGGAAAUCAACUUCGAAGAUUGCAAGCGAUUGGAGUGUUGUCCUGGGUGAAUACAAGCUUGCAUCUACUGAUAAAUUUGAGCAAUACAGACAAGUGAAGAAGAUCAUAAUUCACCCGCAGAACUUCCGUUAUUCGGAUAUUGGCUACCAUGAUAUACCUGAUGAUUAUGAUAUUGCUCUCGUACAACUGUCUCAUGCAGCUGUCCUGUCCGACUGGGUGAAUACCAUCUGUCUACCGGACGACCUUGUCAGUUUUCCUCAUGCAAAACAAUGUUACAUCGCUGGUUGGGGCAAAACACAGUGGGGAGGUUCACAGCCUGAUGCGCUGAGAGAAGCAGUUGUUAAGCUUGUUGCAAGGACCACAUGCAAUUCUCCUGAAUCCUACAAUGGAAAGGUUCAUCAACGCGCUAUAUGCGCUGGUUAUGCUGAUGGUGGAGUGGACGCGUGUCAGUAUGACAGCGGAGGAGCACUAGCCUGUGAGUUCAAUGGCAGGUUCUACGUACAUGGUCUUGUCUCCUGGGGUAUUGGAUGUGCAAGAAAGUUUAAAUAUGGCGUUUAUGCGAAUGUCCCAAUUCUUAGAGGAUGGAUAGUCGAGACAAUUUUAAAUGAAGAACCCACCAUCAAAACGAUUGCGAAUCGAUUGAAUGAUGUGUUUAAGCCUUUACUAAACUCAACAGAACUUUUUUGAUAGUAAGACGGUUUUACACUGAGAAGACGUUUACCAGGACACGUCCUUUGUUGAAUGUAGAAAUAAUGAUGAUGAUAAUCAUAA